AUGUCCAUGCGCACCAUCGUUGACGGGCUGUGCGCCCGAUGCUACAAGGCAGCAGAGAGCCGCUGUGGCAAGUGCAAGACGCGAUGCUACUGCUCCACAGCAUGCCAGAAGAAGGAUUGGAUGCUUGGCCACAAGUUCUCCUGCUGUACAGAUCCACACCCUCCCGUCGCCAAGCAUCCACAACAACCAUCAGGGGUGCUCAAUGACCCCAGCGUGAUUGCCGGCUCCGUUGAUGUCCGACCUCUCCCAACGACAUUGGGCCUUGCCAAUGUUGGGAACACGUGCUACAUCAACGCUGUCCUGCAAUGCAUCAACGCCACCACCAUCUUCCAACGAGCACUCGCAUCCCUUCCAAACAAGGAUGAGGAAGGCACGCUCGUGCACAAGAUGCUUGCGUUGAUGGGAGAACUCUCUGGGUCCGAUGCUGAAGCAGAUCAAGCGGCACCAGCCGCCGUCAACCCCGUGCACGUCGUCCAACACCUUCUCACUCUUAGCUCCGACUUUGUGUUUGGGCGCCAGGAAGAUUCGCACGAGCUGUAUCAGACGCUGCUGCGCGGUCUUGCCAAAGACAUGACCCCCGCGGGCCACCACCUCCCCGUCUGCGACCAGGAGACGACGUUUGUGCAUCAGCUGUUUGGCGGUACCAUUGCCAGUCAGCUCAUGUGCCCAAAAUGCCAGUACACGUCCACAUCAUACGAAUCAUGCUUGGACCUGCAGCUGGAAAUCAAGGAGGAAAUCACAGACACGCUUGAGGAAAUGCUUGAAGCAUUCACGUGUCCUGAGAAGCUCGCUGCCGACAACAAGUGGAAGUGCGAAAGCUGCAACAGCCACGUGCGGGCGCUGAAACAGCUUUCUGUGUACAAGGCGCCAAACAUCCUGUGCAUUCAACUCAAGCGCUUCCGGCUCGGCGUGUUUGGAAAAGUCAACAAGCACAUUGCCUUUCCUCACCAGCUCAACCUCAAGAACUUUAUGACGCCUGGGACGCGUGACACAGAUGGACUGGAGUAUGAUCUCUAUGCCAUUCUCAUUCAUUUGGACAUGUACAACCUCACUUCCUUUGGCCAUUACGUCGCCCUCAUCAAAGGCAGCGACGGCGUCUGGCGCCUGUACGACGACAGCAAAGUGCAGGAGGUUGAACGCAACGUCAUUCCAAAUGUCAACCCAUACAUGUUGUUCUACAAGCGCCGCCACCCCAACCUGCCCUUGCGAUUGCCCCUCCUUCAGUUUGAAAAGAGCACAACAACGUCGUCACCAGCUGCACCGCCAGCUGGUAUGUGUGUUGCGGGGUGUGGAUUCUUUGGCUCGCCGGCAACGCACGGCUACUGCUCAAAGUGCUUCAAAGACAAGUAUGGCGACAGCCCACCUCCGCCACCCGCCGAUGCUGCAACGCAGAGGACAGGUGAAGCAAGCGACGCUGAUGAUGAUAACGAUGGUGAUGAGGCAGGCAAAGUUGAUGAUGUCGGUGCAACAGCAGAGACACCAACACAGGCAGAACCAACACAACAGAAGACGCAAACCACCAAUGACACAAGGGAGAGCGAAGCCUCGCCUACGAAGGAGGAGAAGGAGAAGGACAAAGACACCACGCUAGUAGAGCAGCAGCAGCAGCAGCAACAGAAGCAGAAGCAGCAGCAGCAGCGGGGAACGGGUGAGCCACGGCCCAAGACGAAGCAACAGCCGCAGCAGCAGAAGCAACAGAAGAAAGCUGGUGGAAAUGGCACUGCCCGCAAGUCGUCGUCGUCGUCGUCGUCGUCAGCCAAAGCGCCGGCAGCCAAGAGGAUUGGUCGGAACGACCCUUGCCCGUGUGGCAGCGGGCGCAAGUACAAGAAGUGCCAUGGCAAGUAACCCGAGCGAGCACCGUUGCAUGAUGUUGCGUCCUGAGUUCUUCGACUGUAUUGCGCCGUGUGUUCCUUGUAUCCCUGUGUUGCUGUUUCUACUGCUGCAAAGCGAGUUGUCGGCCUGCUGCCUAGUUCUCUUCUUGGUGUGAUUGAUUGAUACACAUGAACGCAGCAACAACAACCGGC